GUACGUCCAGAACCAGAUCGUCAGCGUGUUGACAGCAUCAGCCCUCACACGGAUGUUUGAGAAGCGACGGAAUUACGACUUCCGCCACUUAUUAGGAGGAACGGAACGCUUGCUAGACAACUUACUGAAUAUGUUGGACUCACACCCUUCUUUCCUCCUGGGGGCUAUACAGUGUCUACCCCUGGCUACCUCUGUCCGAGACACUAUCACACAGACCAUCAUCCAGUAUUGCUCCAAAAUUAAGAACCUGGUCUUCGGCCUGAUCAUCUGUCAAAAUCAGCUGAUCUCUCUCGUGCGCAUGAAGAAAUUCCUCCUGCAUCCAGCGGAUCUUCACUUGUUGUUUAAUCUGGUUAACGCUACUGAGUCCUUAAAGACAAGCGAAAACUGGAUGCCAAUAUGCUUGCCAAAGUUCGACCCAAAUGGUUACCUGUACGGUCAUGUUUCUUACCUGGCUGAUGACUGUGAGGCUUGUCUCCUGUUGCUGUCUGUGGACCGAGAACAGUUCUUCACCUUGUCCGAAGCUAAACAGAAGAUUGUCAGUAGAUUGCGGAGACAUCAUUGCCUUGAAGGGAUAAACACAGCAAUACGCACAUCGUCUUACACGGUCAAAGCCGUUGGGGCGCCCGAACCGCAUUUCCUCUACAAGUCGAAGACAACUGCGCAGUUUACCUGUCCCGAAUACACCUCUCCGUACCAGACAGUUGAAGGUCAGCGACACUUGUUCGGUAUGUACCAACUGCUGCACCAUCGUGUACACUCUGUCUCACGACCUCUCAAGAUGGUCUACAUGGUUAUGGAUACACAGACUCUGUUGGGAUGGGUGA